CUCCUUCUUCUUCUUCUACGCCAAUCUCUCCUCCGCACGCUCUCCCUCUCUCAUUUCUGUCUCCUGACCCGACUGCUAUCUCAAGCAAAGAGAAGGAAGCCAUCGCUCGCUCUCUCUCUCUCUCUCUCUCUCAAGCUCCAUACAAAUCCUGAAAACGGAAGUUGGUAACAAUUUGGCUCGGUAACAAUGGCGAUGAGAAUUGCUGCGAGAUAUGUUACCCGUAGGCUCUCUAGCAAUGGAAAAGUCCUCAGCGAGGAGGAAAAGGCUGCAGAAAAUGUCUACAUUAAGAAAAUGGAGCAGGAAAAAUUGGAGAAGCUUGCCCGCAAGGGACCAAAACCGGAAGAAGCACCAGGAAGCUCGGGAGGUGGUUCAGUCACUGAUGCUAAACCAAGUGGUUCCUCUGCAUCAGGAGCCUCAACCGAGAAAGUCUCUACCGAUAAGUACAGGAACUAUGCGGUCUUGGCCGGUACUAUAACGGCCCUCGGUGCGAUCGGAUGGUAUCUCAAAGCAAGCAAGAAGCAGCCCGAAGAAGCACAGGACUGAACAUGGAGAUCUGUCAUCCUCUACUUGAGCACUGUGAGCGGACUUCACUUCCAAUCCCAGUGAGAAUAAACCAGUCUUUCCAGCUAUUGCUACUCUUGAAUCCAAUUAUUACCAGUAGUUUUAAGCUUGCUAUGGCUUUCCGAUGACACUCUGUUGUCACUUGUCACUUUUUUCACUUUACCGAAAAUGAUAACAACAAUCAAAGAAUGGAAUACUUGU